GACACAACCAACACCAAUAUCCGUUGCAACUACCUGGAGAAGAACUCUUGGGCGGACGUCGAGACCUUAGUCAUCAAAGCCGGGGAAACUGUUGGGUUUGGGAUUGGCAAGGACUGUGCCUAUUCUGACACGACAAUCUACCAUGCCGGUCCCGGACACGGAUACCUCUCGCGCGCACCGAAUGACGAUCUUGCGACAUACAAAGGCGAUGGGAAUUGGUUCAAGAUUAAGCAAUACGGCGUCCGAGAUGCGAAGAAUUGGGAACUUAACUCUGAUACGCAUUUUAUGAAUUUUACGAUUCCGAAAACGACACCCCCCGGGAAGUAUCUUCUGCGAGGUGAGCAGAUGUUUGGACUCCAUCCAGGAUACAACAAAACGCAGUUCUACCAUUCAUGUGCGCAUAUUGAAGUUGUUGGGCCCGGAGGCGGU